UUGCUGGCUAUAGCGUUCAAGACCAGAGAGCAACCUUACGGGAUGCGCAUAGUGUUGAAUGGAUCAGCCCACGUCGAAAGAACAACGACGACAGUUGGAGGUGACCCUCCGAUGUUCACAUGUCUUCACCAAGGCAUCACUGACCACCAUGGUAUGCGGCACUACUAUCGCAUUACCGUUGCCGGCUUCGGCGACCGAUGGAACGGCAGUGGAUACCGUCAGACAGAUUAG